CCUUACGGUGCCAAUUCAAAGUUGUUGCAUGCUGUUUUCAAAUAACACUAAAUUUAGAGACUGCGCCAUGCGAAUCUGCAUCGAUUUUUCUACCGCCGUCGCCGAAAGGAAAGUGAAUUUAGCGGGUUUGUUCGUUCCAGCUUUCAACUACCACCGUCUCAUAUGCGUACACUUUUUAAUUACCAAUUUUACGGCGCAGAGAAGACAGGUUUAUUAGUUUAGAUACACCUAUUUUGUUCAAACCCUCAAAUAAAUGGCUCAUGAGUACUGUUUUAAAAGCCUCCUUUUCUGAGGACGUUAAAUUGAGCAUACGUUGGUCAAAUUCUCCAGAUACUAAGGGACCCAAAAUGACUGACCGCAAAGCAGUUAUUAAAAAUGCCGAUAUGAGCGAAGACAUGCAGCAAGAUGCUGUAGACUGCGCUACCCAGGCGAUAGAAAAAUACAAUAUAGAAAAGGAUAUUGCCGCCUACAUUAAAAAAGAAUUCGACAAAAAAUACAAUCCAACAUGGCAUUGUAUCGUCGGUAGAAAUUUCGGAUCAUACGUGACCCACGAGACCCGCCACUUCAUCUACUUUUACCUAGGACAAGUGGCGAUACUAUUGUUCAAGAGUGGUUAAUCUCCAAAAGCCCCAAUUUCACCUGACUUCUAACCCCCAAACAAAGUAUCCACCAUUCCCUAACCCCAUUUCCAGUAUUCCACUAUUAGAUGAUCACCUUUUCAAAUACCCUAAGUAUAUGUUUCGAUCUGGGGCGCAUUUUUGAAAUCUUAUGACAUGGAUGUGAAGAUGCGCUCUAAAAAUUUUGAGUUUUUUUGCAGACGAUAAUUUUAUAACAUUUUGGAAUAAAAUUAUUUUGUUGAUGAAGUUUAGAUUUUUCACUUAAAAUGAGGGAUUUUGGGCAAAAGUAAGGUGACGCACAAAUUUUUGUUUUUUCUUUCUCAAUUGAUGCAAGAAAUUUGGAUAAAUGGGAAACUCUCGCUACAAUUUUGACCAUUAAUCGAGUUGUUGCUGUGCAGUCAAUUCGGUAAAAUCCUGUAUUUAAAGCUAGCAAAAAAACAACAGCUGAAUCUUAAUUGUUGCAUGUUUAUAAUUAAUAAUUAACUUAAACCAUUUAAGUUUUCAAGUGCAAUUAUCUCGUUUUUCCAAUUUUCUUGUAUACUUUUUCGGUUUUGGUGCACAUGGAAAAUCCAAAAUUUGUGUUUUCAAGCUCGAAUUAUUUUUGAAUUGAAUUCGAAUCUGGCUGUGAGAUUUGGUGUUUGUAAACCAAGAUGAUAAACGAUCUUAUGGGGUAUUUCAAAAAGACUGAUAAAAUAUUUUGGGACGCCCUGUAUAUUCAUUGUACAUUCCUUUCGAGAUGUGAGCAUAAAUGAAGUAUUUUGUUGUACAGUUUGUAACUAUCUGUUGGAUUAACUAUUACUAACUGGUGCAGAGGUUCAGAAUUAUGGAAAUGGAUAUCAUGAAUAAAAAUAGAUGUUAUAUCAAAUAUGGUAUUAUUUACUAAUGACAGACAGGUUCUGUUCGAGUAUGUAUCAUAGACUAUGUGGUAAGCCUUGAAGGAAAAAACACAUUAUGUGAGUCCUACACCUAAUGUAUUUGGUGUUGUAAGUUUUGAAAUUUGGUAUAUAUAGUUCUUUAGUACAAAAAUGGAUAUGUGACUUAGAAUAUGCCAGUUGAUUGGGUCGGAUGAAGGAUAAGUAGUACAGUGGACACAAGAGGUGGACAUUUAUGGCUGUGUCACUUAUUCUAUUAAUCGUUACUGGAUGUUAAGAUGCUAUACAACAAGAAGAUACACUGAUUCUGGUACAGAAUUUGCAAAAAAUACCAGUCUAAUAUGCUCCUUGCAUUUAUCAUAGAUAAAUAAUUCAAAUGGUAUCUUCCCUCUACAUUGACACAUUUAUAAAUGUUAUCAUUUAAGAAAAUGGUUAAAUAUAUUUAAUUUUAAGUAGUUUAAAUGGAGAAUCAACAGUCUUUAGCUGUUCUACAGAGUACAUACAUUUUAAUAAAAUUAUCUCGAAAAAUUCAAGGGGGUUAAAAGGAGAAAAAUUGACAUCAUUCUUUGUUUCUUACACCAAAUAUUGUUUAAAAUAAUUUAGGCAGCAUUGAUUUGAACAAAUUCUAGAGCAAUUCAGUUGUAAUUAAUUGUAGUAAAUUGCACAAAUCUAUCUUUAUUUGUAAUUGAUCAGUAUAUUGCUGAUGUAGCGAAAUAUUUUUAAAGGGAUUUUUAAUUUGGAAAUAAUUCGACCUGUAUAUAUAACUAAUUAAGUUGUUAACAAAAAUAAUAAAAUGACAACCAAUAAUAAAAAAUGUUCUUGUUAAUAUAGAGGAAGCUCAGUUGAGAAGAGCUCCUUGACGUCUCAAAUUGCAAGAAUGUCUUCAUUUUGAGCUUCAAGGAUUUCUUCUGCAAUUAUUUGGUUGACAGAAUUCUACGUCCACUCUAUAAAAAAUAUUUAAAGUAUGUAUCCGGAAGAUUUAUUGAAUUUCUUAGUAGUUCUUUUAAAAAUGAUGAUAUAGGCAUAGAUGCUGCGGAAGGUAUGUGUUUUAAAAGAACUGUUUAGAAAAUAUUGCCUACAUGUAGAUAUAUUUUGUUCUUGGGAAACAGAUGAUUUGUUUUCUCGAAUGCCAAUUAUUUUAUUUGUUGCCUCCUAGGGUCAGAACUGAUUAUUUUUCGUAUUUUAUGUUUUAAGAGUUAUUUGGCAAAAAGUUUCUGGCGCACGCUAUAUUUUUUUACUAAAUAGAAUGCUCCUGCGAGGGUGUAAAUUUUUGUUUUUAUUUUGUUGAUGAGGACUUUUUGUCAAAUCACUCCUUUUAUCCCGAAUCAUUUUUGAAUGUAAUAUAUCCACAAAAAUGACAACUUCACUUCUUAAAAACAAUUGUUGUUUAAAAACUGUAUUUCUCAAUGUAAUAAUAUAUGGUUAAAGACG